AAAAGAGGAGACGUUUCAAAAUUCCAACCGUCCGCGGCCGGCGCGAUACGAGAGCGCUUGAGGGGAAAACCAAACUCCUCGGCGAGGUCAAACGUGAUCAGACCGUCGCUAGUGUUGGGUGUCGUCCGGUGCAAGUUGCAGCAGCUGCCUGUAGACAUCGUCAGGAGCUUCCCAAUCUCUGUGUGUGUGGCUCAUCGAGUUGUUAGUGCAUGUAGCGCGAACCUAGAAACUAGCACGGAAGUGAAAUAUAAAAAAAUCACGAACCCCCUCCCCCGCCACACAAUGUCACCCACCAUUGAUAACGCACGGUGGAUCACGCCGAUCGCCCUCAGCGCGAUCUUUUUUCUCGGCAGUGUACUAGCCGCAAGCAAUGAAGGAGAGUCGUGUGCGUAUGGCAACGAGCCCGGAAUCUGCCAAGGCUAUAAUCUGUGCCGUCCGCUUCUGGAAAAGUCACGCAUUGUAAAAAUCUGUGGCUACACGUCCCAACAAGCAGUUGUGUGCUGUCCGGUUGACUAUCGUGAGCGCUUGCAGCAGCUGAACGAUCCAAACCAGCGUGUCAGUGAACGAAAGUGCCGAGACUACCAGAGCGCAUCCAAUUCCGGGCUGCUGUUCGGUUCGCUAGCGGUCGGCUCCUCGGUGGUGAAGCUAAAGCCCCGCGCCCAAUGCCCAACCGAUCAGAACCUGAUCGUCGGUGGUACGGCAGCACGGUUUGGCGAGUUUCCGCACAUGGCCCGGCUGGCCAUGCCGGACGAAAACGGUGCCAUGGUGUUCCGCUGCGGCGCAACGCUGAUCAGCGAACAGUGGGUUAUGACGGCCGCACACUGUCUGGAGUCGCAAACGAUCGUGGUGCGGCUGGGUGAGCUCAAGGAGGGCAGCGACGAGUUUGGCGACCCGGUCGAUGUUCAGGUGACCCGGAUCGUGAAGCAUCCUAACUACAAACCACGCACCGUGUAUAACGAUAUCGCCCUGCUGAAGCUGGCCCGCCCGGUGACCUUUUCGUCGCGGAUACGUCCCGCCUGCCUGUACGGCUCGUCAACGGUCGACCGGACGAAGGCGGUAGCGAUAGGAUUUGGAUCGACGGAAGCAUACGGUGCUGCGUCGAAGGAACUGCUGAAAGUAUCGCUAGAUGUGUUCACCACGGCCGCCUGUAGCGUGUUCUUCCAGCGCAAUCGUCGCGUUCCCCAGGGCCUCCGGGAGACGCAUCUCUGUGCCGGGUUCCUGAGCGGUGGCCGUGACACCUGCACCGGAGAUUCCGGUGGUCCGCUACAGAUCAGCUCGGAAGAUGAGGCCUGCGUAGCGCAGAUCAUCGGCAUUACCUCGUUCGGUAUUGGCUGUGGCUCGACGACGCCCGGCAUCUAUACGCGUGUGUCGGAGUACAUAGACUGGAUCGAGGGCAUCGUGUGGCCAACGGAUAGCGCCUCCCUGACGGAUGGGUUACGCUUUAGUUAGACUCUCGUAGUUAUCUUUUAUCUCAAAAGUGGCCUCAGUGUGAACGAAUGUGUGUGUGUGAACGUGCAUGUCUGUGUUUGAGUGUGUGUCUGUAUGUAUGUGUUAAAGAUUUCUUUGUUCAAAAGGAAAUCACAUUCGCAGAGCAGGGAAGCAUAAAUGAUUCACUAAUCUAAAGCUUUAGUGAGGCAGUAUGCUUGAGUUAGUGUGUAAGUUAUGCAGUUUUACGUGUUACUGUCUUGUGCUUUACUGUACUUAGUCAGUUUGUUAGUUGAGAUUAAUGGCAACACGGGGUGCAGAUCGAUCGUUCUGAAUUAAUAGCAAUUCGAUGCAUAGCCGAAGCAAUUUUUUGACGAUGCCAUUUUUGCACUAUGUCUAUGACUUGUAAAACCUUGAAAAAUAACGAAUGCAAAUCGAUGGACGAAAAAAAACAAACCGUAUUUUUUGUGCAAACGUAUGAUCUUUAAUAAAUAAACUUCGAACACAAUCAUUGA